AUGCGUGCUGUCUGCUGUUCGGUGAUCCGCCGCGUUGGCGCAGCUGCCGGCGCGCAUAGCUGCCACUACGCAGCAUCGCAGAGGCGCUACUUCGCGCCCACGUGCGCAUUACUUGGCUCCUGCAUCCCGUACAAGCUGACCGACAUCGGUGAGGGGAUAACAGAGGUGCAGGUGCUGAGCGUUCGUGUAAAGGCCGGCGACAGCAUCAAUGAGUUCGAUCCCAUCUGUGAGGUGCAAAGCGAUAAGGCCACAGUCGACAUCACGUCCCGCUACAAGGGCGUUGUGAAGGCGGUGUACCUGCAGCCUGGUACAACCGCGAAGGUGGGCUCGAUCAUGCUUGACAUCGUGCCAGAGGACACUGGCGACGCGCCAGUGGCGGCCUCGCAGUCCCGCAGUGCGGCAUCACCUUCGCCAGCGGCGCCUUCAGCUCCACCGGCACGUUCCUCUGAGUCGAAGCCGUCAUCGAACCCCUCGUCGGGUAAGGCGCUUGCGACGCCGGCCACGCGGUACAUGGCGCGGGAGCACCUGCUGGACCUCGCGCGUGUGCCGGCCACCGGCAAGGGCGGGCGCGUAACAAAGGGCGACGUGCUCCAAUUCAUCGCAGCGGGUGCAUCUACAGCAGCGGCGCCAUCGCCCCCAUCUAUGGCGCCGGCCGGCACUAGUGCCGUACCUGGCGCCGUCGUGCUUGGACUUCCAACGGAGCCGGGCGACACCAUCCUGCCCAUCAUCGGCGUGCGCCGCGGCAUGGUCAAGGCAAUGACCCAGGCUGCGUCUAUUCCCACCUUCACCUUCAGCGAGGAGUACGAACUCACCAGACUCAUGGCGGCGCGCGAGUCGCUGAAGGAUGCGGUGAAGGAGCGCAGUAAAGGUAAGGCAAAGUUGUCCUUCAUGCCUUUCUUUCUCAAGGCAGCGUCCAUCGCACUGCAGCAACACCCCGACAUCAACGCUCACUGCCCGGCGGACUGCUCGGCGCUGGUGCGCAAGGCGGCACACAACAUCGGCUUCGCCAUGGACACGCCGAACGGGCUCAUCGUGCCGGUCGUGCUGCACGUGGAGCGCAAGUCAAUCCUCGACAUCGCCAUCGACAUGCAAACCCUCAUCGAGCGCGGCAAGAACAACAAACUGACGACUCAGGACAUGGCGGGCGGCACCUUCACGCUGAGCAACAUCGGCCCGAUCGGAGCAACGGUAACAGCGCCGGUGCUGCUCCCGCCUCAGGUCGCUAUUGGGGCCAUUGGCCGCCUGCAGAAGCUUCCGCGCUUCGACGCGAACGGCAACCUGUACGCUGCGAAUGUCGUCUGCUUUUCCUUCACCGCUGAUCAUCGUGUGAUUGACGGCGCGAGCAUGGUGCGAUUUGCGAAGACGCACAAGUGGCUGUUGGAGAAUCCCGAGAAUAUGCUCGUUGAUCUGAGGUAA